AUGAUCCGUCUAGCGAGAAACUACGCCACUAAGUUCGUGGAGAAGUGCCCUCCUCCGGCAUACGACACCGGUUGCACGCAUUGUCAGAUCCCAACUUUUCCACCAGAUAAGCAGAUUGACUAUGCCAAAGACUUGAAUGGAACCGCUGCGUCCAUGUGGAAACAUGUACUUGUUCUUCUGCAUGGAGUUACCGACUUUCAUACUUUACCUUCCAAAAUUGAUCUUGUUCCUGGAUCAUUGGCCAAUCACUUCGAAUCGAUCAAGCGAAAGAUGUUGAGUCCGCUUCAUCCAGUGACCCUUUCAGAUGCAUUGGUUUCGGACUUGAAUAUUCCUUUUGGAGGCAAGCAGAAGGUUUUUCUCUACCCAGAUCACAAACAGGUGACGUUUGAUAUGGAAAAUCUCCCUCAAUUCAUUGAGCAUUAUCUUCUUCCCGAAUCCAGCCCGACCCAGGUGUAUAACCCGUUUGUUUCAACUCCACAGCUGUCACAUAAACGAGUGCUACACCCAGAUUUAUUUGAUGAAUCCGAUAUAGACAUGGAUCUCGUUCUCAUUUGUGGACACACCCAACGUGACAUUCGAUGUGGAGAACUAGCACCAUUGUUGAAAGAUGAGUUCGAGAGGGUGUUGGAGAGGGAGAAUCUUAGUAGCAGCGUAAAGGUGGGGUUAAUUUCCCACAUUGGGGGCCAUGCAUAUGCUGGCAAUGUCAUCUACUUCCCUAAGACGUCUCAGCCAAUCUGGUAUGGAAGAGUAUUUCCAGACCGAGUUCAGGGUAUUGUUAAGGAAACCAUUAUUGGAAAGAAGAUCAUUAAGGCAUUGUAUAGAGGGGUUAGCGAGCAACAAGAAUGA